AUGAAGUCAACCAUUGUAGCACUAAACUGUCAUAUCAUCACGUUUCUGUGUCGCGCACUGGACUGGUAUGAAUCAAGUAGCUUCUCUCGCGCUUUACAGUCCAUUACAAAACCCGCGGCUCUUCGAUACGACGAUAUUAUCAUGGAGAUCGACAAGACGCUUGCACAAGUACAUGUUCUCUCAGUAACUGGAAGUCAGGCUGAGCAGCGAGACAUGCACGAAGAGAUGCGCGAAGAUCGCGACGAUCGGCGAGACUUUCGAUCAGUCAUACAGAGCCGAUUGGACGAAAUGCAACAUCAGCUCAACGCGCUAGUUCGGCAAAAGUACUAUGAGGGUGACUUGAAGGCUGUCCACACAGAACUUCGAGACUUGACAGACCUAAUUCAUGCGAUCAGUAUGGCUCAAACCUCAUCGGAGAAGACACUAUUGCAAGAGCUACUCGUCAUGAAGCAGCAUAUCCAAGCGACCCAGGCCAGUAUUUCCCACCAAUUAUCCGACGUGCAAUUGAAUCAAACACUCUCUGUCAUAUCAAGCAACUGCAAAAUCGACCACAAAGCAGCGUACGAGAAUUCUUUCUUGCUACGUAGAGUCCGCUCAACGUCCUCAAGCAAAUGCGCGCCCUUUUGGAACUCGCCGCAACUUCAACUGUGGGAUCAAUCGCUCUCACACUCUUCGAUCUUACUAUUUUCUACAUUUCGCGAUCGACUCAACGUGCGCGACUUCUACAUUGGCGUAAUUGAGCAGCUCCUCCAAUCGCAAGUCCCAGUACUCUGGAUCAUCGAGCAGAAAGACCAGAAAUACAAUAUCUUCGAUGUACUUAAGAGUUUGCUAGCGCAGGCUCUAGCGAGGCAAAAGAAACGCGCGCCCGCCAACCCGCCGUUGUGCGACCGCCCGCCCAGAAACCUUUUUGUAUUAUGA